UUUUAUUCUAAAUCAAACAUCAUAAAUUAAACAUACAAUUUUAUUAUAAUUUGAUUAUUUCAUUCUAUGUAUGAAAUUGGAGUAGAUAUAAACGAAUUUUUAAAAUGAAUGUUGAAGAAAAGAGACUAAGAACUUUCACAAAUUGGCCAGCAAAUGCAGCAGUUGAUGCUGCUCAAAUAGCAAAAGCCGGAUUUUAUUAUAGUGGACAUGCUCUGGAAGUACAAUGCUUUUUAUGUGGAGUAAAAAUUUGUAAUUGGAAUUAUGGUGAUCAAGCUAUAGUUCGUCAUCGGUUAGCUGAACCUAAUUGUCCUUUUGUCCAAAAUCCUUCUAGUACUUGCAAUGUCCCUUUGAUACCAAUAUCUAUCCUAUCCGAAUAUUCUGGAUUGGCAUCAUCAUCAAUAGAAGUAGAACAAGACAAUAAUGUAGUUGAACAUCAGUCUGCAAAUCUUUCCCAAGCUCGUAAAGAUCAUUGGAUAAUGUUAUAUAGGUUAAAAUCUUUUACUAAGUGGCCAAUUCCCUCUAUUGUAUCACCUGAAAGUCUUGCUAAAGCUGGAUUCUAUUAUCUACAAUGUAAUGAUAAAGUACAUUGUGCAUAUUGUGGAGGAAUUUUACAUCAGUGGACACCUGGUGAUGAUCCAGAUAAGGAGCAUAGAAGACAUUUUCCUCAUUGUAAUUUUUAUGUUCAUCAACAUAAAUAUGAUAACUUAUAUUUAACCAAUGUGAAAUUAAUGCCUGGUGCAACAUCAAGUCUCUCAGAUUUAGGAAUACAGCCACAUACAAUUCCCAAAACACCAGCUUGUAGAACAUAUGAAAAAAGAUUACGUACUUAUAAUGGUUGGCCAAAAAAUAUUAAGCAAAUUCCGGAAAUAUUGGCUAAUGCAGGAUUUUAUUAUAAUGGAUUUGGUGAUCAUGUCAGAUGCUUUCAUUGCAAUGGUGAAUUACGAAAUUGGAAAAUAACAGAUGAUGCAUGGAUUGAACAUGCAAGAUGGUUUCCCACAUGUGAGUUUGUGAAUCUUGUAAGAGGAAAAGAAUUUAUCAAACAAUGCAUUAACAGCAGACCACCUUUGGAUCAAUCAAUUCUUGAAGGUUUGACUAUAAAUGAAAACACAGAUAUAGCUGAAACAUCACCUUCUUCAUCUACAAUUUUAUCAUCAUCGUCAGAAAUUACAGAAGCAACAUUGAAAAAAUUACUAGAAAGUCCACCAGCCAUAGUAGCUUUAGAAAUUGGAUUACACAUAGGUAGAGUAAAAAGAGCUUUAAAAAAACAAAUACAGGAAGUAGGAACACCAUAUACAAAUUCUGAACAACUUAUAGAAGAUAAUCUUUGGGAUCAAGAUAUAGGAGAAUUGGCAAGUGAACAAACAAACAAUAGUGUGGAACAUUGUAAUAAUACCGAAAAAUAUGAAUAUAAAGAUGAUGAAGAACAUUCAGUUAAAAAUGAAAAUUCUACAACAUCUAAUGACAAGAGUAACAGUGUUGAUAAGAAACCAAAUAUCAAUUCUAAAGAAAUCACAUUUUUAGAAGAAGAAAAUAGAAAAUUAAAAGAAGUUCGUUUAUGCAAAAUUUGCAUGGAUCAAGAAGUAGCUAUUGUAUUUUUACCAUGUGGUCACUUAGCAACUUGCGUCUACUGUGCCUCAUCUCUUACCUAUUGCCCAAUGUGCCAACAAGAAAUUAAAGCUACUGUUCGUACAUUUCUAUCAUAA